AAGAAGAAAACGCUGCUUUGACAAUGUCUGCAUUUGAGGCCCAGGAACAGUCUCCUCCACGUUGUGGUCCUCAGUUCCCGAGCCUUGGCCAGGAGCCCCCUGAACUCAGCUUGUACAGUGACUGCUACUACCCUCCACCAUCCCUGCCAAGUCCUCAGCGCACCACACCAACCACCUAUGAGCUGGGUGACUUCAGCACCCCGUCUCCAAACCCUUACCUUUGGUUCAACGGCUCUGGGAUCAACACGCCAUCAUACCUAACUACCAACGGUCCACCCGGGAACCCCGGGCCUCCCUUUGUCCCGCAGCACUAUGGCAUGCAGAGACCUUACCUUGGUCCAGCUGGAGCUGGGGGCCCAGGAGGGGAGUUAAGCUGGUUCUCCCUCCCCUCACAAGAAGACUUGAUGAAGCUAGUCAGGCCACCUUAUUCUUACUCAGCUCUCAUCGCCAUGGCUAUCCACGGAGCACCCGACCGGCGGCUGACCCUGAGUCAGAUAUAUCAGUAUGUCGCCGACAACUUCCCUUUCUACAACAAGAGUAAAGCAGGAUGGCAGAAUUCCAUCAGACACAACCUCUCACUAAAUGACUGCUUCAAAAAGGUACCAAGAGAUGAGGAUGACCCAGGCAAGGGCAACUACUGGACUUUAGACCCAAACUGUGAAAAGAUGUUCGACAACGGAAACUUCCGCCGCAAAAGGAAGAGGAAGUCUGAUUCCCUCUCUGGUGUCGAAGGUAGUUCAGGGGCUCCUGAGUCAGGUGAGAGUGAGAGGGGCAGCCCCAAACACUCUGCCAAGUCUUCCCUAAACAUCUCCCAGACGCCGGAUAGAAUUCCCUCACCGUCAUCGUCUGGUGCUACACCUUGUCUGAGCAGCUUCCUGUCUGAGAUGUCUGGAGUGUCCAGUGGCUCAGCCACUGAUGUGGGAGGCGAUGGAUUGAGCAGACCCCUGCAAGUCAACCUCCCUAUAGAUGGGUCACACAGGCUUUCACAGCCUGCAAGUUAUAGUAGCUACUCCCCAAACUCUGCUGGCCGAGAGUGGCUUCCGCAGGUGCAAGCACCCCCUGUGCUCUCCUCUUCACCCACCCACUCUUCGCUCGGGUACACUAGCCCCAUCCUCAGCCAGUACAGUGCGUCCAGUGGACACUUCUUUCCCCCGCUGGGCUCAACAGGAAUAAUCUAUCACCGUGAGGGCACUGAAGUUUAACUUAACAUUAAUCGAACUGAUGGUAUUGAUAAGACUCUUCAAUGGAUUUAGUUUUCUUCUGCAACAGUUUAGUUGUCAUUCUGAGAAGCUAAUACAUACACACACACACGCACACACACACCCUAAGCAUGUUUGCGCUGACAGAGACAGUUGAGGCCACAAAAGCGUGUGACAACAGAGUAAAAAACCUUAGAUUCCCACAGAAACAGCCAAGUCAGCAGCAAAGGGCUGAAACUGUCUGAAACUACCAAAUCCAGAGUCAGCUAUUAUCCCUACCAAAGCUGGUUUCUAUCAGAGCUGAGUCAUUCUUAACUGAUCUGAGAUCUGAUCUGCUGACAUCAGUCUGUUCCACUCUACUGUCUGUGAUUCUCUGAUGGUAUCACAAAAACACAUCGUCCAGGCAGCAGUUUCGAUGAGCGGUUAAUUUACAACUUUGUCUACAUAUUAUGUUCAUGUUAACCAGUUUUGUUUUCUUUUGUCUCCUAAAUGAGCUGAUGGUCUUUCAGGAGUGGCAUAUAUGUUGUUUGUAAAUAUGUCCGUAUGUCUUUUAAUUUUAAUCCUUUAUAUUAUUUGCUGGUUAUUACACCUGUUAAUGUAGUCAUUAUGUAAGGUAAAUGCUAUGUUGUCUUUUUGAUAUGAAUAAAACACUUGACCGCUG